AUGACGGAUACAUCUGAUAUAUUAUCUUUUGGAAAUAUUAAAGGUUUAGGGCUUCAUGACUCGGGUAUUUUUAAAGCUAGUAAAGAUCUAUUUGGUUGGAAAAAUAGAAGGACAAAUGCAACUUAUCAUUAUAAACCUGAUGAAAUAUCUGCAGUACAAUGGAUACGUGUUGGGAAUGAAGAUAAUAGUCACCAAUUAAGAUUAUUUUUAAAGGAGAAAAAGGAUUGUAUAUAUUUUACUGGAUUUAGAUCAUUAGAUUUCCCAAUUAUUGAAAAACAUUUUAAAACAUAUUAUAAUAUUAUUAUUAAAGAAUUUUCUGUUAAUACCCAGGGAUCUAAUUGGGGUAAUGCUAUUAUUGAAAAUGAUACUUUUUGUAUUAAAAAUGAUGACAAAAUAUUAAUGUAUAUACCAACAACUCAAAUUAAUCAAAUAGCAUUACCUUCAAAAUCUGAAAUGGUCUUAGAAUUUAGUGGUGAAACAAAUAGUGAGGAAAAUGAUGAUAAACUUGUUGAAAUUCGUUUUUUUAUACCUAAUAUAGAUCAAAAUGAAACUGAUAAUAGUUCAAAAGUUGAAUUAUUAAGGAAUCAAUUAACUUUAUUAUCAGGAAUAGGAUCAAGUGGCUCAGUUGAUAAAGUUUGUCGUUGGAAUGAUAUUCAUUUAAUAGUCCCUCGUGGUAGAUAUGAAAUUGAAGUUUUAGUAAAUAGUAUGAAAUUACAUGGUAAAUCAUUUGAUUAUACAAUUUUAUAUCAAUCAAUAUCUAGAAUGUUUCUUUUACCACGUCCAGGUGUAACACAUAUAAAUCUUGUUAUUGCAUUAGAAACUCCAGUUAGACAAGGUAAUACUAAAUAUCCUUUUAUUGUUAUUCAAUUUGAUACUCAACAAGAUGAAGAUAUUGAAAUACCACUUAAUUUAUCUGAGAAAGAGAUUCAACGUUUUAAUGGUCUAUCUACAGUUAUGGUUGGUAGAUUUUGGGAUAUUGUAACUCGUAUUUUUAAAGCUUUAACUGGUCGUCCUAUAGUUGUUCCAGGUGAUUUUAGAUCUGCAUCUUCUUAUCAUUGUAUUAGAUGUUCAUUUAAGGCUCAAGAUGGAUUAUUGUAUCCUUUAAACCGUAGUUUUAUUUUUAUUACUAAACCUGUUAUUAUGAUUCGUUAUGAUGAAAUACUUAAUAUUGAAUUUUCUAGAAUGAGUGGUAAUCAAACAAGAUUUUUUGAAUUAUUUGUUACUAUUAAAGGUGGUGGGGAUUAUAGUUUUACAAGUAUAGAUAAAGCAGAGUAUAAUCCUUUAAUUAAAUUCUUACAAGAGAAAAAUAUUAGAAUUAGGAAUUUACAAGAAGCUAUUGAUAAUAAUUCACGUAGAAAAGGUAGUUCAAGGGAAUCUAAGAUUUCCAAUAAAUCUCAAACUCAAGUUAUCUUAGGUCAAGAUCUUCCUAGUGAUGAUGAAGAUGAUGAAGAUUUUGAAAAUAAUGAAGAGACUGAUUCAUCUGAAGAUAGUGACCUAUCUGAGGAUAGUGGUUCAUCUGAGGGUGAUGAAGACUCUUUAUCAGGACAGGAAGAUGUAGAUUCUCAAGGUUAUUCUUCUGAUGAAUCUUUAUCUCCUAAAAAGAAAAAAAUAAAGUAG